AUGUCUUGCUACGACCUGUGCCCGCCAAAGACCGGCGUCGCCGUCCCCCAGCCCAUCGCCGAGAGCUGCAACGAGCUGUGCGCCCGCCAGUGCCCCGACUCCUCGGCCUUCAUCCAGCCGCCCCCCGUGGUCGUCACCUUCCCCGGCCCCAUCCUCAGCUCCUUCCCCCAGCAAGCCGUGGUGG